AUGAUCGAAGACAAAUACGUCGGCCUCGCGCUGGCCAUGUGCUCGGCUUUAGCCAUCGGCACAAGUUUUGUCAUAACGAAAAAGGGUCUGAUACAAGCAGAGGAACGACAUGGAUUCGAAGGAGAGGGCUUCGUAUAUCUCAAGAACCCACUAUGGUGGGCUGGCAUUGCCACCCUCGGUGUUGGCGAGGUCUGUAACUUUGCCGCCUAUGCCUUCGCGCCCGCCAUUCUCGUGACCCCGCUUGGCGCCCUCAGCGUUCUUAUCGGCGCCGUCCUCGGGUCUUAUUUCUUGCAGGAGGAACUGGGUACGCUGGGCAAGCUGGGCAGCGCCAUCUGCCUGAUCGGCGCCGUCGUCAUUGUCCUCCAUGCGCCUCCAGAUGAGGAGAUCGAAACCAUUGACCAGAUCCUGCAUUAUGCAAUUCAGCCUGGCUUUCUCUUGUACGCUAUUUGCGUGGUCGCAUUUGCCGUCUUCAUGAUCUACAGAAUCGCACCCGUCUACGGAAAGAAGAACGCCCUAAUUUACCUCUCCAUCUGCUCGACUGUCGGCUCCAUCUCCGUCAUGUCCGUCAAGGCUUUCGGCAUCGCCCUCAAGCUCACAUUCGCCGGCAACAACCAGUUCAGCCAUCCAUCCACCUACGUCUUCCUGAUCCUGACUGCGGUUUGCAUUCUCACCCAAAUGAACUACUUCAACAAAGCAUUGGCCACGUUCCCAACCAACAUCGUCAAUCCGCUCUACUACGUGACCUUCACCACAGCCACGCUGUGCGCCUCGUUCAUCCUCUUCAGCGGUUUCAACACGACCGACCCCGUCAAUACGCUGUCUCUUCUCUGCGGUUUCCUGGUCACGUUCACCGGUGUCUACCUCCUUAACCUGUCUCGAGGCGACCCCAAUGGCCAGAAGCUCGUGGCCGGACGCGGCGGUCUGGAUGCUACACCAACAGAUAUGGUUUCCAGCUUCCAAACUCGGCGAAGCAUGCAGUCACGGAGAAGCGGCGAUCCCGCUCGACAUAGCCUCAGCAGCCUUCACGGUGACAGGGAGGGCCUGAUUCGGGCAUACGAUGAGGAGGAGGCCGCGGGUUUCGGCCUCACUGAUCUAGCGGAAGAGAGCGAGGACGAUGCGGGCCGGGCGAAUGGCCGACCAAACGGCAAGAAGGAGCAACGCAGCAACGAUAUCGAACUAGAAAACCGGAAGUCUGCGGAGAGGUAG